AUGGAUGCAGUUCUUCUAAAUCUCGUUGGUGAUGUGCCUAUAGUUACCAAAGUAUGGGCAAUAGGAUGCGUUGGACUUUCACUGCUUGCGAGUACCCAUACUAUUGAUGCAACAAAGAUGAUCUACGAUUUCGACCUAGUGUUUAAGAAGGGACAGUACGAAAGGAUAAUCUAUUCACUAUUUUACUAUGGGCCACUCAAAUGGACAUCUGUCCUAGAUAUAUUCUUGACUGUAAGCCGUUUGACAGAAUUGGAAAAUUCAUUUCCAAACAAGAGAAGGUACUGUUGGAUGAUAUCAAUGCUCCUCAUGGUAGUAAUAGCCAUGAGUAGUGUGGCACAACCAAUCACUAGUCUUGGUGCCAUAUUACUUGAUAAUUUAAUCUACUAUCAAAUGAGAAAGAAUGAACGUAUGAUGAAUGAAAGGUUUGUUGGCGGGUUAAACAUUUCACCACUCAUAGUUCCACUAUACACGAAUGCAGAACUGCUGUUCGUUUACAAGUUAUCAUGGUUGCAGGUCGCCAUGAAUAUAAUCCCUGCGCAUCUAAUCUAUUACUGCGAUGAUGUAGUACACAAACUGUACGAAAUAGAUCUUUGUCAAACUCCUUAUGAUUAUAUAGUGAAUAGGUACUUUUAG